GGGCGGCGGCGGCGGCGACGGGAAGAGGAGGCGUCGGGCGCGCGCUUUCCGCGUUGGCUGGCUGCUUCUCGCUCCCAGUACGAGUGGACACUGACAGCCAGCUGUGCGGCUACACGACAACGACGACAAUAACAGCUGCGGACUCACCGCCUUCGAACCUUGAGCACUCAAUUCCUCCGGUGUCCGUUUGGGAGGCCAAAAAAAGCUCGAGAAGCGAGGAAGAAAAAAACAAAAAGGGCUUAUAUCGUCGUCGGCGGUGGUUCCUGUGCUAGCUUAAGCGAAAGACGAGCAUUCCUCCGACAUGAAUCCGCUGUGUGGCAGAUGUAAUCUCGUCGUCUACCCCACGGAAAAAAUCAAUUGUCUGGACAAGUACUGGCAUACGAGAUGCUUCCGCUGCGAGGUCUGCAAUAUGUCUCUAAACAUGAAGAAUUACAAAGGUUUUGCGAAGAGACCAUACUGCAAUGCACACUACCCCAGGGCAAACUUCACCUGCGUGGCUGACACUCCAGAGAACAUCCGUCUCAAACAGCAGAGCAAGAUGCAGAGCCAGGUUCUCUACAAGGAGGAUUUUGAAAAGAAUAAAGGGAAAUCCUUCACUGUGGUCACAGACACGCCAGAGCUGCAGAGACUCAAGAUAUCGCAGAAUCAAGUUAGCAACAUCAAGUACCAUGAGGAGUUUGAGAAGAGCAAGACUCCACAUCUCCACGAGGAAUUAAAGAGCAAGACUCAGCAUCAACAGCCAUGUAACCCUGCCCCAGCAGCUUUCCAGCCCCCGGCUGCCUCUCAGAACUACCACUAUGAUCCUGCCCCUGAGCCUGUGCGCCCAGCGGCCGCUGCACCUCCUCCCAGCGCCGGGAAGAGGUACCGGGCGGUGUACGACUACGCCGCCGCAGACGAGGACGAGGUCUCCUUCAUGGACGGCGAUGUGAUCGUGGACGUGCAGCAGAUCGACGAGGGCUGGAUGUACGGCCGCGUGGAGCGCACUGGCCAGCAGGGAAUGCUGCCUGCCAACUAUGUGGAGGCCAUCUGAGAGGGAGAGAAAAGGAGAAAGCGAAAGAAGAGGUAGAGAAAGGGAGGGCAAGGAGUUAAAAAAAAAAAAAUGAAAAAUGAAAAAGAAAAAAAAGCCCAGUGCCAUUUCAUCUUUAACGCAGCUUCUCUUGAUUUAACCUAGCCUUGUCCCCCCCAUGCCGCCUCCUUUCUCGCUGUUCAGCUCGCUAACCUCAAGCCUUCUUUUGUCUUAACUUUUUUCUGUCUGUGUGUACUGAUGUUUGGAUGUCGCUCAUCCUCGUCAUCUUUGUCGCAUUCCGGAAGUCAGCUCCAUCUUGGCUACAACACUUAAAAUUCCCCCCAGCGCAAACAUUGGGCAAAAUAUAAGGACAAAUAUUUGGAAAAUUCCCUCGUGAGUCAUUUCACACAGAUGUUAUUUUGUUUAUUUGUGUGUGCGUUUCUUCAGCAAGACUGGAAGCCAAGUUUAAUCUCAGUCACUCAAACACUUGUACAUUCCUUUGAUCUCUCAACCCUGUCGGAUCAGACAGCUGUCCGUCCUAACAGAGUUUAAGUCUAAUAUAUAUUUAUAGACCCUGAUAUGAUGCACUGCAUCCUGGGUAAUGUUGUUCAACUGGAAUCCGGAGCACCUGCUCUUGUAAUUUCUUUUUUUUUUUUUUUUUUUUUUUUUUUUUUUUUUUUUUGUCACGGGCAGACACAAAAGGGAUCAAGGAUGAGUUUGGGAACGUCCAACAUACAUAUUUGUACACACCUGACUUCCUAUUUCCUGUGAUGCAAUGUCCUUUCUUCCCCCCUUUGGCCACAAAGUUAGCGUACACAGCACAACUGUAUUGUGACCUUUUUAAUCCUUUUAUUCCUCUGCUUCAGCAACAUUUCAGUCUUAAUUUUCUGAGAGAUGUGAAUGAAUGUCUUUGACUUGUUUAUUCCCCAACCCACCUCGCCUAUCUUGUGCUCAUGUUCUUCUUUGCCUUUUUUCUUUGUUGUAUUGUAAGAUGCUUAUUUUGAACAGCAAAAUUUUCAAUUGUAUUAAAUGAAUAAACCAGCAACACAAUAUAUGAAGGUGGAGUUUAUAUAAAAUGUAAAUGACAAAAAAAGGAGAGGUAGUGGGAGUUGGAUAAGGAAGCAGUGGUGGAGUGAGUGGAAAGCUAAUAUCAACAGUGUGCCCAAAAACUUAUAAACUGUCAGCCAGCGUUUGAAUGGUCGGUUGGUAGUUACUAAGACUUCCUCGGUGUAAAUAAUGUCCGACGACGGGGUGUGAUUGAUUGGGGGUGCGGAUAUACCUAGGUGACAUUUGUACAAUUGUGUAAGUAUCAUAAUAGACGUCAUGGUGCGUCACAAUUAAUUUUACUGUGUAAGAUCGCGACGGAGGGAAGCGUGGUGGUCCUAAUUUUUAUUUGAAAUAUCAAUCAAUUUCAGACAUUUGACGACUUAUCUACACCAGUUCAGAAGGUCUUUCUUUGUGUGCUGCCUUCUUCAGGCCAGCGUAGAAAUUUGUUAGACCGUCAGGCACAGCAAACUAGCAUUUCAUGGGGUGGUAGAUCAGUAAACUCGCUAUGUCAGGCUAGCAUGGACGACGACAACAAAUAAUACAAACUUUGUCCCCUAAAACAUGUUACUAGUAAUCCUUCAGCUAGCAUUUGAGUGGUCAGUAGGUCAGUGUGCCAGGCUAGCAUAGCACUACGACAACUGUUAUCAACUUUGUCGCCAAAACUUACUAUUAACGAGUAAGGGAUCAGCUAGCAUUGGAGAGGUUGGAAAGUCGAGCUAGCGUAGACCUACUACGACAGUUAAUAUGAACUUUGUCCCCCAAAAUGUGUUAGUAGUAACUAAUAAUGUGUCCGCUGGCAUUUAAGCAGUCGGUACAAGCCAGUGUCAAGCCACUGUAGCACUAUGACAACCAUAAACACAAACUUUGUCCCCAAAAACGUACUUGUAACCGGUAGCCUGCCGGCUAGUGUUUCAGUGUUUGGUAGGAGAGUCUGUCAAGCUAGCUUAGCACGACGAUCACCACAAACCUUGUCCCCACAAACGUGUCACUAGUAACCAGUAAGGAGUCAGCUAGCAUUUGAGUGGUUGGCAAGGGUCUACCAAGUUAGCAUAGCACUACAACAGUAACUUUUCUGUGUACAUUUCCCAAACUCCUUCCCAUUCUCAAAACAUGGACUGUUACUGGGGAAUUGGGUAUGAUCACAAAAGAGUGAAUAGUCAUAUUUGUGACUUUAAUUAUCAGACAACUUUGAUGACUCUCGCUAUUUCAGAAAGCUGAUUUAGAGCCCACUCCCUCUCCCUGAGGCAAGCAUAAGAAUUGUUGGACAGGUUUUUGUCCCAAAAACAUGUUACUACACCUUGUUACUUGUAACUAAUAACAUCGCAGCUACCAGCGUAACAGUACAAUGACCAUUUAUCUGUGUACAUAAUUUCCCAUCAAACUCUUCUGUCAUUCUUGGACCAAGCACUGCGGCUGACAGUUGUCAUUUAAAAUUUUUAAUUAUCGAUCGAUUCGGACAUUGGAUGCAUUUUUUGACAAAUUCUAAAUUACGGUACGUACGCCGUUUUAGUGCACACUGCCUCCCUCGUGUGAGGGUGGGAAUUGUCGGGAACAACAGUUUUUGUCCCCCAAAACAUGUAACGAGUCACGUGUCAGCCUGCAUUUGAUUUGUUGGUACCUCAGUGAGCUAGUGUAGCACUAUGAAGACCAUUUCUCUGUGUGUGUCAUCUCAGAGACUAUUUUGUCAUUCUCAAACCAUGCACUGAGACUGGGGUCAUGUGUACGACAGAGAAUUAAGGAGUCGUACUGUUUUUUUUUGUGGUUUUUUUUGUUUGUUUUGUGAAUUUGGAUGUUCACAUUUUUUACAAAAGUGACUGUUCGCUGUUACAAGAGUGAUUGGAUUUUAGAUUCGUCUAUCAAGCUAGCGUACCACUACGACGACUGUUUCUCUGUGCACGUCAUCCCUGAAACUAUACCGUCAUUCUCAAACAACGCACUACGACUGAGGGCAUGUUUACAAUCGUGACAAAGGGAAUAAUAGGAGUUGUAUUUUAAAUUUGGUCAUUUACAAAUGUUUUGACUACUUAAAAGUGACUAUGUACGGCAUUUUAGAGCACUAUCGUAAGAGUUGUGGGUCAUUGUUGACAGUAAUUUUAUUAGAAAACAAUUCUUGCCCGCUAAACUCUUUGCUAGGAACUAAUAAUGUGUCUGUCAGUGUUUGGUUGGUUGGUUGUUCCAUCUGUCAAGCUAGCGUAGCAAUACGACCAGCAGUGUUGCUGACUUGAACGGUGUUCUGUGCGACGGCACUAGAUGGUGCCCACCUGAACGGGGAUCGGGGGGGAUAAUGACGGUAAAUUUCUGGAGCUCACAACAGUUCCAAAACUAACGGUGGUAUAUCUUUACGUUGUAAAGGCAACUGGCAACACGCCCGACUACGACCAUUUCUCUGUGGACGUCAUUUCCGAAACUAUUCUCAUUCUCGAUCAACGCACUGCAAUUGGGGCAAGUUUACAAUAGAAGGAAUCAUGGGAGUGGUUUUGAAAUUUUUAGCUCAAUUUAGACAUUCAGAUGUUUGACAACUUGCAGUUUUGGAUGGAAGCAAAUGUUGUUCCAGACUUGUGAUUUUUCUUUUUUCUUUUUUUUUUUGGCGCUCAGCCGUUCUCUCUCCCAAGUUAUCCUGUCCCCGCCUCAGUCGAGCGUUCUCUCUCUGUGCUUCUGACUCAUCAUUCCAUGCUUGUCAUUCCCGCUUAUAUGUACACGCCGUAAUAGGAAUCAUGAAAUCACGCAGGUGGAAGCUUGCAGACCAGUUUUGUGCAUUUCUGUCUUUUUUUUUUUCAUAUUUGUUAUGAUUUUUAAAAAAGGAUUAAAGAUAGCAUAUGCAUAUUGACACAUGUCAAACAAAUCAAAAAGAGUACAACAGGACAUGGUCAGAUGUUAGGACCUGAUAUCAUCUCCUGUCACAGCACUUCAAAUUGUACUUAAUGAUUCUGCAGAUUAAAUAAAGUCAUUUUUCUCAGA